GAGCCAACAGCAACGGCGAUGGCGAAGGGCGCAGUGUCAAUGGUAGUUAUGGGCUCAAUUCCACUUGACAAGAUGGACCUGCAGUACAUUUCUCGCAGAACCGUUUAUCCAAUGGUUGCGCCACAACUCCCCGGGUCGCCUUGGUCUCGUGUGAUGUAAACGCAACGCAAGAGGUGCUUCUCAGCAGGUCAACAUAUUCACAGAUACCCGAGACAGAGGCGCAAUCGUUACUCUCCUGUAUUUGCUAUGCAGUAAACGAUGUCAGAUUGCUCCCGGAUAUGUAGACUCUGAAGACUUCGAGGAGCUCAGGGACAUUUUGUUGAUGCCGCCUUCUUGUCUUCCCACUCCGUCCCUUCCACCCUCACAGGUUGUUAUGACAUAUCUUUUAGAUUCAUCCCUCACCCGACUUUUGCGUACAUGUUGAUCGAACACCAGUGCGGAGCAAUUGACGCGGCCAUACUCGGUCACUACAGCAAACUCUUGAAUGAGUCCACCUUACAGAACAAUAAUGUUACCGCCAACGAAGCAAUUCACUCUAACGACAUGGUGUCCGCUACGCUCCUCGCUUCAAAUGUCACAGAUCCUGGCGCGAAUGCUACUCAAUCAUCCAACGUUCGAGAAGCAUCACGACCCGCCUCGGUGGACUUCCUGCUCUUGAAGCCGAACUUUUCAGUUCGAGUCACUUUUGUCUUGCCUCAAUGUCUGGUUGGCUCGGAGGCCGAGAAACGAAACCUGGAACGAUGGUGUUGGCGAUGCUUCCAUCCGCAUGGGGUCCAAAUAACGGCAUGAGACACAUCCUCCGAGCCUGGCGUGGGCGGACUUCAGGCGCUAAUGACUGUUUGGACCCUUCGCUUCUUUUUGUGUAACCUUCCGGAGAUAAGUGCUGACUUCUACGUACAUGGCGAUGCAAUUUGGUACGUAUGAUUGUAUGGCAUGGUUUGCAGCGCGUGGUGUUGUGCAAAGCAGCCUUGCUAUAUCAUCGAUGUACACAGCGAGAACUCUUUACCAUGAAACGAAGAAACUCAGACAGAUCCG